AUGGCCAGGAGACUCUUCCGGAUCAGUUCACUUGCAACAAUGGUUUGUACUAGAACUGCUUGCAUUCUCUCUUUUACCUUGUUUUUUGCCCACAUAGCAGCUGUAUCGAUUAAGCAUCUUUCUGAAAGAAAUGUAAAAGAUGGAGAUUUAGGUGAACAGAAGGAUAUUCCAGAAAUCAAUGUAGCUGCAGGCUUGGACCUGUUUCAAGGGGACAUUGUCCUGCCGAAAUCCAGAAAUGGCCUGAGAGACCCAACCACCAGGUGGCAGUUCCCCAUUCCUUACAUCCUGGCUGAUAACCUGGAGCUAAAUGCCAAAGGAGCCAUUCUCUAUGCCUUUGAAAUGUUUCGCCUCAAGUCCUGUGUGGAUUUUAAGCCCUAUGAAGGAGAAAGCUCAUACAUCAUAUUUCAGCAGUUUGAUGGGUGCUGGUCUUAUGUCGGUGACAAUCAUGUGGGACAGAACCUUUCCAUUGGCCAGGGGUGUGACUAUAAGGCCAUCAUUGAACAUGAGAUCCUGCAUGCUUUGGGAUUUUAUCAUGAGCAGUCAAGAAGUGACCGAGAUGAUUAUGUCAACAUCUGGUGGGAUGAAAUUAUUUCAGGUUAUGAGCACAACUUCAACACCUAUAAUGACAACAUCAUCACAGACCUCAACACGCCCUAUGAUUAUGAGUCUGUGAUGCAUUAUGCACCUUUUUCAUUUAACAAGAAUGAAAGUGUUCCCACCAUCACGGCCAAGAUCCCUGAGUUUGAUUCCGUCAUUGGGCAACGCCUGGAUUUUAGUGCCCUCGACUUGGAGAGGCUGAACCGAAUGUACAAUUGCACUACAAGUCACACCCUUUUGGACCACUGUGCUUUUGAGAAGACAAACAUUUGUGGGAUGAUUCAGGGCACCAGAGAUGAUGCUGACUGGGUCCGUGAGAACAGUGCCCUGGCUGGACAAGUGGAUCACACAUUGGAGGGGCAAUGUACAGGUGCCGGCUACUUCAUGCAUUUCAACACCAGCUUGGGGGCAGCAGAAGAGGCAGCUCUACUGGAGUCUCGGAUUCUUUACCCCAAGAGGAAGCAGCAGUGCCUGCAGUUUUUUUAUAAAAUGACAGGAAGCCCUUCAGACAGACUCGUGGUCUGGGUCAGGAGAGAUGACAGCACGGGCAGCGUUCGGAAGCUGGUCAAGAUGGCAACAUUUCAAGGAGAUUCUGACCAGAAUUGGAAAAUUGCUCAUGUGACACUCCAGGAGGAAAAUAAGUUUCGCUACCUUUUCCAGGGCACAAGAGGUGACCCUCAGAACUCAGCUGGGGGAAUUUUCCUAGAUGACAUCACUCUGACAGAAACCCCAUGCCCCACUGGGGUUUGGACGGUGCGGAAUUUCUCCCAGGUCCUUCAGAGCACUGUUAAAGGAGACAGACUCCUGAGCCCUCGGUUCUACAAUUCAGAGGGCUAUGGCUUUGGGGUGUCCUUAUACCCCCAUGGCAGAAUAAGCUCCACACGGACUAACUACCUAGGACUCACUUUCCAUGUGUGCAGUGGGGAGAAUGAUGCUAUUCUGGAGUGGCCAGUGGAAAACAGGCAGGCGAUUCUGACAAUCCUUGACCAGGAACCUGAUGUCAUGAACAGGAUGUCAUCAAGUAUGGCAUUAACUACCUCCAGCCUCCACGUAAAUUCAGCAAUAAAUGGCUCUGUCAUCUGGGACAGGCCAUCCAUCGUGGGCACGUAUGAUGAGAACUGCGCUUGCUAUAGAACCAUUGACUAUGGCUGGAGUAGUAUAAUCUCUCAUGAAAUGCUGAGGAGGAGGAGUUUCCUGAAACAUGAUGACCUCAUUAUUUUUGUGAACUUUGAAGAUAUCACCCACCUUCAGAAGACCGAAGUCAGCACUAGAGACAGAAGCACGAUCCCCCAAGGCCUUGUUCUUCAAAGCCAGGAGCAGCAGACCGCAGGGGCAGGUUCAGAAAAGACCUUGUCAGAGGUAGCUCUAGCUGGCAGCCUUGACCAGGGGCAGCCCAGCCGACAGAAGCGGUCCGUGGAGAACACAGGCCCCAUGGAGGAUCACAAGUGGCCACAGUACUUCAGAGACCCAUGCGACCCAAACCCUUGCCAAAAUGAAGGCAUCUGUGUGAACGUGAAGGGCAUGGCGAGCUGCAGGUGCGUCUCUGGACAUGCCUUCUUCUACACGGGGGAGCGCUGUCAGGCCAUGCAGGUACAUGGCAGUGUCCUGGGCCUGAUGAUUGGCGGCACAGCCGGUAUGAUAGUCUUGACCUUUACCAUCAUCUCCAUCCUGUUCCAAAGGUCCAAGCAGUGA